UUUCAACACGAUGACAAUUUGGAAAAGUGCAUAGUGAAAUUCAAGGGAGAUAUUGGGAUAUAUGUAUAAGUUAUCUCUAUCAGCAUUUCAGAAAAGAGUAUUCUAUGAGAACCUGUAACUCUUGAACGUAAAAUAAUUAUCCCCGAUCUGAGACGAAUCAUAUCUCGAAUUCUUUAAAAUUUAUCAAGUUUCAUUUCGAGUAUCAUUCGAAUCACACGGCCCAAAAAGGGAACAAUAACGUAACGGGGGAAAAAAAAAGAAGGAGAACAGGAAGGAAAAAAGGCGGUGAAGAGAUGAAAGCUCGACGGGAAGCUGGCACGACACGGGAAGCGAGCGUUUCCGGUAUCCGGGGCGACAUCCUGAUGAAUCUAUUUCUGAAGGAGGCGUUCGAGGCCUGACUAGUGUAAUGGAAGGGGAAAGGCGUGUGGAAUAAAGUUUUCGGUAUAAUGCACGGUCGUAUGAAUGAAAAGGAAGAGAAGCCAGUCAGUCGGUGCAUCGUGGUCGGGGCUUCGUUCUAGCUCGCUGGUUUUUCUCAAAGGAGACGCGUGGGUGGUGAUUUUCUUCCUUUGUAACUCGAUACCGUUUAAUCGGUGCCUGUGCCCGGUUACGUUACGUGUUUCCAUGGAAUCGUGACGAUCGAACCCUCGGUUUUAUGGGAAUGAUCGUGAGUUCGAUACACCAAGGUGUGCGAUUCGGGCGAAAGGAUGUUCAGGGGAUGGCUCGAUAUUCUCGUUCUCGAUCGUGGAGGGAAUGAUGAGGGAAGAGUAUUAAGGCGGAUGGAGGGAUUUGGAAGAAGAUUUGGCAUUGCCUGUGAGAUUUGGACGAAGACACGGAUUAGGACAAAGGCUAUCGCGAUGCGUCUGUUCAAGCGUCAGUCGUCUGAUACAAGCCCUCAAUUAGUUUCGGCCACACCGUUAUCUCAUGAUGGAACAUCGCCUCUGACAGUGGUAGAAGAAAAUCUCGAACGUAACAGUAAGAAGCCUCAUAAUGAAAACGAUGGAUUAAAUCGGACAUCGGUGAAAGAAAAUGCGAAUGAAACACUGAAACCGUCCUCAUCCACUAUUUCAAAUCGCAAAGGAAUUUCGACAUGGGGCAGGAAAGUAGGUCGAAGAUGGGAUCAGCUGAAAAGAUCAGACAGCUCCGAAUUGCUUUCGGUUUCGGGCCGAAGGAGAAGGUGGAGUCCGAAUCGGAAAGCUGGCACAACAGACGAAAAAGAAAACGGUACCGGCGGUUUCUCGGAAUUACCAAAGCCAAAGAGAAUUUCCAGGGUGGAAUCGUUACGAAAUUUGUUCAGGAGCAGCGAGCGAAGCAGCGAUAUAUCAGCAAGAAACGUGACGAUACAAGAGGAGGACGUCACCUGUAUCAGUCAUUAUCCAAUGGAGAAAGCUCUGAGCGAGGGCGCCAUAAAGAAUGUAUCCUUUUGUGGUGGCAGCUCGGAUGACAAUCGAGUGGACCGUGGAACGAUUCUUCUGGAGAAGAAGAAACAGCUGAGUCGUAGCAUCCAGGACCUUCAGGAGCAGCAACGUGUUUUAGAUUAUAUCUUGAAGAAUCAGGAUAUGCUUAAAACGCAGGAAGGAACAGCUUUCGCGAAGGAAACGUUAGACAAAAUCAGAAGUACGAGUCCUAAGCGAAGAAAUACGAGUCCUAAACGAAGUAAUCAAUCUACAUCUGAGGCUGGCAAAAGCAGCGUUUCCACUCAGACUAAAGACUUUUUCAGUAAUCAACUUAAUAAUAUUAAGAAAAAUUUGUUCAAUGUUCGUGCGAGUAGCAACGAAUGCGACAGACCUGAUAAUCAGAGAUCUUUCCCAACAUUUGGCCUGGAUGAUCUAAUGAGCAACCUACGGUUAGCUUGCGAUGAAAGUGGCUACGACUCUGACAGCACACGAGCUGGAGCUGAUUCUCCAGAUAGCGAGAAGUGUCCACCGAUGUUAAAACCCCGUAGCUUUUCCAUAACAUCGGACGACUAUCACGGCAUCGACUUAUCACUACCAGUCACUACCCCCAUAAAGAAAGAUGUGACAACAGAAACGGAGAAGAACGAGUCAGGUCCGUCUUGUCUCGAAGUCACUGUCGUAAAUAAUACUAUGCUAAACGGGACGAUAAUAACAAACACAACCACGGUACCAUCGGAUGAAGAAGACACAGAUAGCUGCGACGAGGAUACGUUCGAGGGAUUCGCGGAGUAUCAAAUGAAUUGUGCCGUUGAGAAAACAAAAUCCACCGUGAACACUUUGGAAAAAUGCGACAGCGGAAUAUCAAGAGGAUUCUCAGCGUCGUCGACUGGAAAUUUAGAUCAAAGAACAUCUUCUGGAAGCAAAGAGCUCAUCAGGAUAUCGGAUAAAAGAUUCGCAAAAUCGGAGCAUACAACAUCACUAUUACAAGCGGUGAAAUUGCAAAAUUUACAAAAGGAGACCAAGUCUCAGAUACCGGUCAAAUGUAAAAGGUACAGCAAUUCUAGCACCUUGUGUUUACUAGAGAAUGCUUCAUCCCCCUGCAAAGAUAGUCCACCGGCGUCAAAAAUAUAUUCGACGAUCGUAAACAGCCCGUUGGAGUACUAUAGUCCAAAGAGAUCGCGUUCGAAUUUGGAACCUGAAGGUCCCGAGAUUGUAAAUGCGAGGAAUAAAAUGAAGAAAUCAGAGCCAGAGAUUAAAAUCGAUCAUCUAACGCCGAUUUCAACUCCAGCUAAGACAUUGGUACGUCGCGAGUUGAAGACCAUGAAGUUGUCCGUGGAGAAGCCUGGCAGCCUUGGCAUUUUCGUGGAAAGAAAAGAGGCUGUUAGACCUUUCUACGUGAUUUCGAAGAUGGACGUAAAUGGAGAGGCGGCAAAGUCGAAGCAAUUCAGGAUCGGUGACGAGAUCGUUCGUGUUUGCGGACGUAGACUGCGUGGGAUGUCGCUCAUCGAGGCUAGGAAUGCUUUGAAAAAUUGUUCAGGGACCGUAGAGCUUCAGAUAGCUAGGGAACCAACGUUCACUUUUGGUGAAGAGAUAGGCGACACGUGGGGCGAUAUUCUGAUCCGCACUCGUAGCGACUCCGAGGUGUGGGCGUUGAAACAAGAGAAACCGGAAGUCCCCGUGAAUAAUGUCGCUCGAGAAAAAGAUUCUUCCCAGUGUAAGGUAGUCGAUGCAUUGAUAAAGGAUAGCAAGAAUUUAUCCACGAAUUCGAUGGAGAAGAUGGAAUGCGAGAAUGAUCGUAUCUUGAAGAAGGAAUCUGGUCAAAAGAUGACUGGUAUGAGGAAGUUUCAAGUGGUGAGGAAACGAGCCACCAAUACAGUUUCCUGUCCACGUAGAGCUACCAGUUUGUCGAUGGAUUUGUUGACUAUCACCUUGGAAAAGGGUGCCUCGAAAAAGUUGGGCUUUUCCAUUGUUGGUGGAUCGGAUAGCAAUAAAGGAUCCAUGGGUAUUUUCGUGAAGGAUAUAAUGGCUGGAGGACAAGCGGCUGAAGAAGGAACUUUAAAAGUGGGAGAUGAGAUUUUAGCAAUCAAUGGGAUAUCAAUGGAUGGAUUGACGCACGCGAAGGCGUUGCAAACUUUCAAAGCUGCCAAGGCUGGGAAGAUGGUUCUUCAUGUGGGUCGUAGAGACCCGACGCAUAAACGGUUGGGUCACAGACGAUAAAGAAUAUUGAUGGUCUAUAACUUUGGAUAUAUUAUUCAAUCGAAAUCGUACGAUUGCCUGGACAAGCUAACAGAAACUGGAGACGAAUGAAAUUAUAUAGAAAUUCGAUAAAUCAAACGCGGAAAGUCAUUAAAAUUAUAUCAUCAUGUUUUGUUAAAGUAAACACGAUCGAAGUUCGUUAUAUUUUUAUUUCGUUUUUGCAUUAAAGAAUAUGAUGUAUAUAUUUCGCACAAUUUAAAGCACGUUAUUACGUUUCAAGAAUAAUUGACUAUAAUAUAAUAUUUUCAAAUGACUUUUUUUCCAACAAAUGUAAUAUUUUUUCAACGAUUAACAAAAUCUUUCUAAUUUCUAAUUAAUUGAUUCGUAAUCAACGUGCAAAUCCAUUUUUUUUUGUAUAUUCGUUAUACUCGCGUGAAUCGAGAUUAGAUUUAUGUUAAUUAAAUAAUUUCUUUAAGACGAUAAUUGUGAUAUUGACUAUUUUUAUUAACUUUCGUUUCAAACUAUCGAGAUUAUAAUUUCCCAUCUAUGAGUCUUUUUUGAAAAAUUCAUGACUUGUAAACAUUGUGUUUCCAUUACGCUAAAUUUAUAUCAAUUAUUUAAAUAAUCAAAUGUUUCGUUUAUUUGCAAUAUUAUAAUAUAAAAUUAAAAAUGUGAAAACUCGUGCAUAAUUCGAUAUUAUUCGUGUCAAUGUCAUAAGUAUAAUAAGUAAUUAGCGAAAUUAUAUUCGGUUUUCAUUAAUAAGAAGGACUGGUUUGUUUUAAUGUACUUUCAUUUAUUGUAUCGUAGAUCGGGAUAAUUAAAAUAAUAAUUAAAAAAAAUAAUUAUAAAAGAUAAUUGUACAUAGUCAUAUCCUGUUAGAUAUAACACGCUAACAUGUUGGAUUAUGGCUGUUCUAUUAAAUGUAGCCCGGAAUUAACUUAUGUUUUGGUUUGGAAACAUAUGCUUGUUUAAUACGAGCUACAUACCAGUUCAAAUGGAGAUUUAUUAACUGGGAUGAGUACUCAUCAUUUACUCAAAUAUGUUGUAAGCGUAGUGUUUAGUUAGUUAAUAAUUUUAAGCUACUGAGACUGACAUAUAGAAUGUCUACCUGAAAAAUGCUGUGAUAUUCAUUAUAGUCGCAUUAGCUGAUAUCGUACAAACUGUAUUUAAAAAAUAAAUUUGGUUUUGUUAA